UGCUGUGACUGGGAGAAGCGAGGAGGCAGCUGGCUCUUGUUACAGACACUGGCUCUUCCAUAGAUCACAGUCACACGCAGUGCUGGAACUUGCUGACUGCGAAUCAGUGCGCAGAGCGCAGCAAUAUGGGGAUCAUUAUUAACCUGGAUAAACCAUGGGAUUAUUGCAUUGCACGUAGGGGACGUUGUGUUCCGCAGUCCUGCACAGUGAUCCCAUAAACUCCACUUUGUAUUGGAACUGAAAUAGGCUUUCAGCAUGCAGAAGAGACGUGCAACCGCAUCACUUCCUUUCCUUUUAUUGGUUAUUUUCAAUACAACGUUUUUGGAUGCACAAUCGCCACCGGGUAAACCAGGAGAAAUAAAAUGCCGCUCUCAUUCGAAAGAAUCUUUUUAUUGCAAGUGGAAGCCAGGUUCCAAUGGAGGACUACCGACCAAACACAACCUGCUGUACACGAAGGAAACUGAUACCACCGUUCAUGAAUGUCCGGACUACAGCACAGCAGGCCCGAACUCUUGUUUUUUUGCUAAAAAUCAUACGUCAAUUUGGGUUUAUUAUCACUUUACGGUAAAGGCUACGAAUGCUCUGGGCAGCAACGUGUCAGAUGUGCACAGUGUGGAUGUGGCUGAGAUAGUUGAACCUUUCCCACCUAUGAAUGUGUCACUCUCUCUCGAUGUAAACAAAUCGAGUGUUAUAGUAACAUGGCUUCCACCUGCAAUGGCCGAUGUCAAGAGCGGUUGGUUAACAUUAAAAUACGUUGUACGAAUAAAAGAAGAGAAAGAGCAGACAUGGGAGGACUAUCCAGUUGAAGGCAAAACCACACUGACAUUGUUUAGCUUACAACGUGGGGGAAACUAUGCCGUCCAGGUUCGAUGCAGGCCAGAUCAUAAUGGAUUCUGGAGUGAUUGGACACCUGAAAGUUACAUCCAAAUUCCUGGUGUGAACAGCAAACAGCUGACCUUGUGGGUAUCUGUAGGUGUAGUAUCGUUCAUCCUUUGUUUGACGGUAAUCUGGACAAUUGCAAUAAAAGGAUGCAGCUUGAUGUCCUGUCUUUUGCCACCAGUCCCUGGGCCCAAGAUUAUGGGAUUUGAUACCAAGCUUCUUGAGAGUGGGAAAACUGCAGAUUUCUUAAGUGCUCUUGAUUGCCAUGGCUUUCCACCAACUUCUGACUGUGAAGAGCUGCUAGUGGAAUUCCUAGAAGUGGAUGACAGCAAGGAGCAUCUGAUUGCAAGCCAGGAGGAUGACCAAAAACGCACUAAAGCCUCCCCUGCUGAUACAGACAAUGAUUCUGGAAGAGGGAGCUGUGACAGCCCUUUUGCCUUUUCUGAAGGCAUUAAGGAUCUUAGAAACCCCCUCCCAAGUUUUGAAAGUGCAGACAACAACGUUCAUGAACACACUUUAAGAAACAGCACAUGGCCUUCUCAGAAUGUUGCCUCAGAAGGGUCAUUUUCAAAUUUCAAUGAUAAUAAGUCGUAUGUCUGGCCUGAUGGGUCAGUGUUUGGAAAUGAGUCACAACUGUCCUACAACAAUAUUACAGAUGUUUGUAAGCAGAUUGUUGGAGCACCGAAUCUUAACUUUGGUGCGUUUUUAAUGCCAUCUGUAGAAAGGAAUCAGCCAAGAUACUUUAAAACAAUAGAAACAAUUGAAGAAGAAAAACUAAGUAAGGAAAAUGAUCUAGAAUACUUGAGCUCCAAAGGUAUUGAGCAAGACACCAUGCACUUAUUAUCUAAUGAAAAGGCACCUUUUAAAUCUGCUAGAACAAUGGAUUAUGUUGAAGUCCAUAAGGUCAACCAAAACAAUGCACUAGCACUCAUACCAAAACACAAAGACCACAACGUCCGAACUGACCAAUAUUCUGCUAUUCCAAACAAGGAAUACACAAAAGUAGAGCGAGUGGAGGCAAAUAAUGUUUUAGUGUUAAUGCAGGACAUGGUAAUUCAGGCCAAUCAAUUAAGCAAUGAACAAUCAAAGGACUACUGUAAAUCUCUCCAACCAUGCCAAGCUGAAAAGCACAAGGGCAUCUCCAUGCCAGCUCGAAAUGAAGGCAAGAUUCAGGGGGGAGGAAUGGGUUAUAUGGAUCCAUCCAGCUUUUUACCUUCAUUUAGUUAAAUGACUAUUUUCAUAUUUGCUUCUUUAAGUAACUUCAUAAAGUAAACUAAGUGCAAUGAAUGCUAGGAUUCCUAGCUUAACAGAUUAAUAUAAUUAUUGUUCUUUAUUUUGCUCAAAAAUGUUAUAUGCUUAUCUUCAAUCAGUUUCACAUAUUUAAGAUCACAACGCAGAACAAAUUAUUUAACUUUUUUUUUUUUUUCUCUCACUGGCUUUAUAUACAGUACUUGUGUAAUUUUUAACUUUCAAAGCAAAAACAGACUUGUUCUUUUAGAUAAAGGGAUCUUGUAGUUUCUUAGACAAGGAAGAAGAAAUAUGUUUAUUUACUUUAUUGAAUCAGUUUUCAUACAACUGGUUGAUUACUUAAAAUGUGCAAUCAAAAUAGCAUGAGCAGUGCAGGUGUUCAUUCCUAUAGAGUUGUCUAACUGUUCUCCUCUGGGGCCCACAAACCUCUAUUUCCUUAUAUAUAUUUUCUUGAAUAUUAAAUAACAAGCUGAUCACUUUCAGUCGUUUUAAAUAAACAGAAAUGUUAUACAAUCCUGCCUUGUAGAGGGCCCUUCCACUGUAGUUUGACGACUCAGCUAGGUUAAACCUAGUUUUUGGACCUUAGAAUGUGAAUAAUGUAACAGACAUAGUGUUGCAUCAUACACUAAAUGGAAAAACAAUAUAUUUUCACGGUUGGUUUUCCAGUUCCUAAUAGUUGAUAAAGCCAUAUAAAAAAAAGUCAAGUUCAUUUCAGGAUUUUGAAUGUUUUUUUACAUUUUUGUUCCCUACAAAAACGAAGAACAGUUGCUGAAUAAAAAGACUACUUUGUACGUUUGCAUGUAUACAUAACCUGGACGUUACCAUAAGUUAGGAUUUUGUGAAAAUACAUACAAUUCUGGAUAAUUUGGAUUCCAGUUGUUGCAUGUGCAAAUGAAUAACAUAAAUAUGAAUAUCAUACAGGUUUGCAUGUGAUUGCUUGAGAGAACAGAUGUACACUAGUUGAAAAUAUUGUGACAUGUUCCCUCUAUUUUAGGAACCUAUCAAAAAUCUUAAAAUUUAAAUGCAAACAUUUUGGGAGUUAUGAAAAAGUAUAUUUUUGUGAUUUAGUAGAGAUUAGUCCCCUUUUUUAAAAAAAAAUAUAAAUGUAAUUACGGUUAUAAGAGUAAUUUAUAGUUCACAAAUGUAUUACAAAUUUAAGAAUUUACAGAUAAGCACUUGCUUAUGGUUUCAGGUUAUUGCAAUUUCAGAUAUUUUGUUGCCAAAUUCUUGAAUUUACCAUUUUAAAGCCUCCAACCUUUUUGAGUAUUUUAUGGUUUUGGGAGCUUUUUUCCAUUUUCCUUAGUUUGCCCAAAACUGUGUUGUCUGAAAAACUCCUUUUGAUCUGCCUUACCCAUCUAUCCUGAUUUCCCUUCACAGUCCUGUUUUGUUGAUAAAAUUACUAUUUUUAGAGGUAUUGUAUUUACAAGAUGUUUCUAUAUAUGAAUCUGUAAAAUGUAUGAAAGAGUGUAAAAAAAUAAUAAUGUAUAAGUAUAUACUUUAAUGGUUAACUUAAAAAAUACACUUUAAAUAGACUGUACAUACCCAUGUGUGCAGUAAAAUACUUAAGUCACAUUUGUUUUUCUCAGUUAACUUUAUCUGUUUGGUAUAUGGAUUAUUCCACCAACUUAAACGAUUAUUCAUUUUGAUUUGAAAAAAGUGUCUACAUAAAAAAAAAAAAAAAUCCAUCCAUAAUCUCUACAAAGAGAGGAAUAAUGAGAAGUGGAGUGCAAGUUUGCAAACUGCUGUAUAAAGAAAUUGAGAUCACUCAUCCUAAAUUAGGAGAGAAUCUGGCUCUACGCCAUAUGCAUGCAGUGUAUGGUGAUUGAACAGCUGUGCGCUGCUAAGAUUCUUACCAAGCUGAUAUUUUACCUGACAGUUUAUAUUUAUGUAGAUAAUAUAAAUUAAAUACAAAAAUAAAGUUCUGACAUACCUCCUAAAAUUUUAAAGGGAUGUUAAACAGUAAAUACAUGCUAGAAACAAUUAUGUAUUCUAAGCAAAGAUUAGUCUAAGAAUAUGUAGUUUGAAUUUUUACAAUUAUAUUGGUUUUAAUAUUGAAAGGCUUAAGUUCUAUUAAGUAAUGGGUGCUGCCAUGUUUUGUACUAGUUUUCUAUUUAUUUCUGCUGGUGCAAACAAAGCUGUGUGGAAUCCGUUCUUUUAUUACCUUCUUUUCGAUCUGUCCCUAAUAGUUUUCAGCAGGGAAAACUGAUAAGGGGCAACUUAAGUUCAAACAUGGCGAUGUCCAUUACGUUAUAGAAACUCAAACUUUAGAAAACCAACAAAGUUUUGAAGUCUAAGUGCAAAAUCACAUGGGUUAGGGACACUGUGUGGAACAGUAAGCACUGUUCCAGCCAGUAGUUAAGAAGGUCGGACCUGAAACCAAGGUGGAACUGGGGGAUAAAAAUCGUUGUUUGGAAAUGUUGCUCAGGAUUCAAUAAACACCUGAUAUAUAGCUUAAAACAAUGUUUGUUGAAAUUGUGUUAACAGUAAUCAUGCUGACUUGCAGUGAUUGGUUUGUUUCUAAAGGGAUAUUCAACUCAAAAUAUAAGCCUUAGUAUAAUAAAGUAUUGCCAUAAGCA